UUUAUAGUGAUAGAAAAAUGCUUUCGGUUGUAGACGGUGGUCAUCAUAGAAGCCACGGUCUCUAGCCACUGCUUCACUCACUUCACCAACCUCUUCAAUCCACUACCAAAACCUCAACGAUGUCACCACCUCCUCCGUCACUUACUCACAUCAGCACAGUCGCAGUUCGCUCCACAGAUGCCGAUUGCCAGUUUCUUCUCAUACACAUUCCUAUCGUUCGAGGGAGUUAAAUUAAAGGUUCGAUUUUUCUUCACAAAUCGACUAAUCAUGAUUCACCACAACACCAUUCUCUCUUUCAUACCAAAAUGCAAAACCAUGAUUCAACUCAAAACAUUGCACGCUCUUAUACUUACAACCCCAACCAAUAUUGAUACUAUGAUUAUCCCUUUAAGCAAGCUUAUUGAUUUCUGUGUUGAUUCACAAUUCGGUGACAUCAAUUAUGCAAAUUCACUAUUUACCCAAAUUCAUUCCCCUAAUCUUUAUAUCUGGAAUUCCAUCAUAAGAGGUUAUGCCAAAUCUAACAACCCAACAAUGUCUUUGCUUCUGUAUAAACAAAUGCUACAAAAUGGGUUUUCCCCUGAUCAUUUUACCUUCCCAUUUGUACUCAAAGCAAGUUCUUUUAUUGAUGAUCAUGGUAUUGGAAAAUGCAUUCAUAGUUGUACAGUGAAAUCUGGGUUUGAAUCAAAUGUUUAUGUUGCUACUGGGUUACUUCAUAUGUAUGUUUCAUGUAAAGAUAUGGAGUAUGGGUUGAAGCUGUUUGAUAAUAUUCCUAAGUCAAAUGUUGUUGCUUGGACUUGUUUGAUUGCUGGGUAUGUUAAUAAUAAUCAACCACGGGAAGCUUUGGAGGUGUUUAUAGAUAUGGGUAAUUGGGGUGUGGAGCCUAAUGAGGUUACCAUGGUGAAUGCUUUGAUUGCGUGUGCUCGUAGUAGAGAUAUUGAUACUGGGAGAUGGGUUCAUGAGCGCAUUCGUAAGGCUGGCUAUGAUCCUUUUGUGUCCGCGUCUAAUUGUAAUGUCAUUCUUGCAACUUCGGUUCUUGAAAUGUAUGCAAAAUGUGGUAGUUUGAAUGUUGCAAGAGACUUGUUCAACAAAAUGCCGAAAAGAAAUAUUGUUGCUUGGAACUGUAUGAUAAAUGCUUAUACUCAUUGUGAGAAGCAUAAUGAAGCGCUUGAUCUCUUUUCUGAUAUGCUGGCUGAUGGAAUUUGUCCUGAUAGGGCAACCUUUUUGAGUGUGUUGAGUGUUUGUGCCCAUCAGUGUGCUUUGGCAUUGGGAGAAACGGUUCAUGCUUGUCUAUUGAAAAGCAAUAUUGCAACAGAUAUUGACCUUGCUACUUCUCUUUUGGACAUGUAUGCCAAGAAUGGUGAAUUAAGAAGUGCACAAAAGAUUUUUAAUAAUAGUUUGGAAAAGAAAGAUGUGGUGAUGUGGACUAGCAUGAUUAAUGGUUUAGCCAUACAUGGUCAUGGAAAUGAAGCAUUGAGUAUGUUUCAAAUAAUGCAAGACGAUAGUACCAUAAUCCCUGAUCUUAUUACUUAUAUUGGAGUUUUAUUUGCUUGUAGUCAUGUUGGAUUGGUUGAAGAGGCUCAAAGACAAUUUAACAUGAUGACAAAGAGGUAUGGUAUAGUGCCAGAAAGAGAGCAUUAUAGUUGCAUGAUUGAUAUUUUGAGUCGGGCAGGUCAUUUAGGAGAAGCAAAAAGAUUAAUGGACACAAUGCCAAUGCAACCAAAUAUUGCCAUAUGGGGUGCUCUUUUGAAUGGUUGUCAGAUUCAUGAAAAUAUCUCAGUUGCUAGUCAAGUGAAAGUACAACUGACAGAGCUGAGACCUGUUCAAAGUGGAAUUUAUGUUCUUCUAUCUAAUAUAUAUGCUAAUGCUGGAAGAUGGGAAGAAGUAAAUAUGACUAGAAAAGUGAUGCAGCGUAAACGGAUUGCAAAGACAAUUGGUCAUAGUUCAGUUGAAAUGAAGAUGUUAACCUUAUGAUCAUCUCAAGAUUCAUUUGUUCAAAUUAUAAAGUAUUGACAGCUGGAGUAGAUUCUACUGGAGCAUUUGUUCAGUUUAUUUGCAUCAAUAUCCUGGUCUUAACAGUGAUGAUAUUCUUGAACUAAUUGUCAUUGAAGACUUGUAUACCAUAGGCAAUGUAAUAAUUCUGAUGUCCUUGUUCACAAGCCUCAAAAGCAUAUACCUUAUACCAUACACAAACUGACAUACACAAAUUGAAGACUUGUAUACCACAGGCAAUGUAAUAAUAUUCUGUUAUAAAAGAUUCUAAUUGCAAAUUUCCAUAAGCUACAUCACAAAUUCGAAUAUGAAUAUCUCUAUGCUGAAAGACAGGGAAGUUAAAAAAGUUGCACAAAGCAACUCAAAAUUGAGUAUAGAUUUUUCUCAAAGGAUCGUGAAAGACAAUUUAAAACUGCUGCAGUUCUCUUUGGAAUAGAACAAUUCUGAUAGAGAUGGUAUGCUAUCGGGUCAACCAAAUGGGCCUAAGGAAUGGAAAGUCAAUGUGAGAAAGAAUUGAACGUAAUUCUGUUGAUGUGGCAGUGGGGCCCGUUUGAGGGAUUUGUUUUAGUGUUGAUUUCUGUUAUUUGUAGUGGGGGAGAGAAGAGAAGAGAGAGGUUAUGCAAUUACAUUUUUCUGUUAGGCAGAGAGUGUGAAUUCUCUAAGGAGCCUAGCUGUAUGGGUAGAUAGGAAUUGUAUUCCAUCUACAUUUUGUUUGUUUCAACAUUACUCCAUUUCUCAUCUAUUUUACCCUCUCUGUUCAUA